CGGCCUGGGUUACUAGGUUUGUGGGUUUUGUUUUGUUUUGUUUUGUUUUUUAACAUUUUAAAAAAUCUUUUUUGUCAUGAGACGAGGCGGGUCCUAGUGGCCUAGCUGCAGGUAGGAGGGCUGCUGUAGGGGGUCAGGUGGGGUGCGCCCCUGUUUAAGGAGGAAUAAUGAGUUCCGUGGCUUUUUGCAGGGUUUGAUCUUUUCUAAUCUGAAGGCAAAACUCCGGGGAAGUCGACACGUGCCGGAGAAAGAUGAGUUCAAGCUUAAUCGCAAGUCAUGGCAGUGACGCUGAGCCGGGGGACUGGACGGUCAAUGCGGGGGCCAGGGGCGCCGCGCCGCCCCUUCGUGAUGGACUUUUGAUAGUAAAAGUGGAGGAAGACUCAUCCGGAGGGCAGGAGUCCGACCCGCCCGUGGUGUGUUUGGAUCCCGAAACUUGUGGACAGCAUUUUUGGCGGUUCCGUUAUCAGGAAGUGGACGGACCAGAAAAAGCUCUGAGCCGGCUUAGAGAACUUUGUCGUCGUUGGCUGAGGCCUGAGGUGCACUCCAAGGAGCAGAUCCUGGAGCUACUGGUGCUGGAGCAGUUCCUGACCAUCCUGCCCGCGGAGCUCCAGGACCGGGUGCGGAAGCACCACCCCGAGAACGGAGACGAGGCUGCGGCCCUAGUGCGGGCUCUUCAGAGAGCGCUUGGUGGGACCUCAAUCCAGGACUUGGUGAAGGCCAAGGAUGUGUGUCUCACCUGGGGGGAGUGGAAGCAACUUGACCCAAUUCAGAGGGACUUCUACAGGGAGAAUGUGCUAAAGGAUUAUGGGAACACUGUGCUACCAAGUUUGGAAACCAGAACUCAGAACAAAGAGUUGAUUCCAAAACAAGAAAUUCUAGAAGUAGAGCCACAGAUGCAGCUACAAGAAGGAUCCCCCUGGAAGGCUCCCCUGUAUUCCAGAUGUGGUGAUACCCAUGGGAACAGGGUAGAAAAGCAGUCAGGACACCUUUCACUGCUGAAACUUGAAAAUUCUGAAGAGCAAGGACUCAUGAGCAUCUCAGAGCUCGAGAAUGGUCCCACAGAAGAGGGAGACUCCAAAAAUCAUGAAUUUGGGAAUAGUGCCAGAAGGUCAAACUUGGUUCUUCAUCAGCAUGGCCUGACAUCAGAGAGGUCCAUUAAUGAUGAUGAAGGUGGCGACAGGUGCAGACAGAGUUUAGAUAUGGUGAAAAUUCAAGUGGUGAAAUCUCACAGAUCUGUUGACAGUGAGGAAAAUUUCCAUCCUUCAGGCCUUUUUAGGACCCAGAGGCAGCUCCGUGAAGAAAGACCUUAUAAAUGUGAUAACUGUGGGAAGAGUUUCAAACAGCGUUCUGACCUCUUGAAACACCAGAGAAUCCACACUGGGGAGAAACCCUACGAAUGCCAAGAAUGUGGGAAGAGCUUCAGUCAGAGUGCUGCCCUGAUAAAACACCAGAGGACACACACAGGGGAAAAGCCGUACACAUGCCCCAAAUGUGGGGACAGCUUCAGACAGAGUUCACAUCUCAAUCGGCAUCAACGAAUACACAUAGGGGAGAAACACUAUAAAUGUACUGAAUGUGGGGAAACCUGCCGUGUUUCCAACCGUUUCAGACAUCAGAGAAUCCAUAAAGGGGAGAGACCCUAUACAUGUGAGGAAUGUGAGAAGAGCUUCAAACGGUGCUCUGACCUCUCUAAACAUCAGAGAAUCCACACUGGGGAGAAGCCGUAUGGAUGUUCCGUCUGUGGGAAACGCUUCAGUCAGAGUGCAACCCUCAUCAUACACCAGAGAACUCACACCGGAGAAAAACCUUAUAAAUGUCUUGAAUGUGGUGAAAGCUUUAGACAGAGUCCACACCUUAUCCGACACCAAAGGAUACACAGAAAUAAAGUCCCAUCAUUUUGACAUCAUGCUUCUGUAUGA